UUGCAUGUUUUGAAAUUCAUCUGCGGUUGUAUUGACCCAGUUUAAAGAACUGCUAAGGAGCAGUUUUUCAUUAUUGUUAUUAUUAUAUUCUAAUAUGUAAAACCUCAGGAUAUACUUUUCUUUUUUUGCCAUGACUACAUACCAAAAAGCUCUACAUAGCUGUUAUCAAUUACCUAGCCUAUUAUACCUGUGAUCAGAUCUAUAUUAGGUGACCCUUGGUAGGGUUUACAGGUCAGCAUACUCACUUAGUGUAGUAAUACAGUAAAAUCAGGUACAAGCUCCUACAUACGGUCAAAGCCAUGUGCUUGUAUGCAUAUAGUAAUUACUCAGUAUUAUUGUUGUGGUUGAGUUGCUCUGCAGCUCGUAUUCAGCGGAUAAGUCAAAACAGCUUUAUUAUUAUUAUUUUUUUACCAUUUAAUUACGAUAAUGUUCUAAUUGAUGGCUUCUUAACCAAUAAAAAGAGCGUAUUAAUUCUGGGGAUCUUUGAAAGCAUUUAAAGAUAUAGAACAAAAUGUUCAUUUUCCCCCCUUUUUUUCAAUAUAUUUACAUUUAACUGACCUUUCCAACUUUACAUCUUUCGAAAUGUAAAUAAUUUCUCGGUUUGAAAACUAAAUGUUUCACUCUUGUGGCUCUUUCUUAUUGGCAUACAAAUCUGGAAUGCCACGAAACGCACCGUCGAGAUUGACAUCUCUACGACCAAUCACUAGUAGAACCCGCUGACACGACACCAAUCGCCUAUCAGGAUGUGGGAGGAGCUGGUUUGUUGACAGGAAAUGCGAGGCGGACUCACUUCCACAACCCCUUCUCGCCUGUAGUUCAGCCGGACAAACAGCGGGGCUGGCAGUUGGUCAUCCCUCUGAGGUAUGUGGACUUAAACUAUGCGUUUCAAGACCGACGCGGGGCAAAGAUGCAAUGGAGGUCAAUACUUGUUGGUCUUGUCGUAUUGAGACUGUCUCUCAGCUGCAUGCUGUGGCUAGCUUUCGGACUGGGACCUAGCUGGGGGUUCAACUUUCAUCUCGGUUUCAAUUUGCACAAACUGGACUUGCUGUUCAGGGAGGAAAAGGAGACCGAGCCGCGAGAUAACUCGUGGUCUGAACGAAUACACGGCCCCAGAUAUGAAGAGACGGAGACCACCUGUGCGUCGGCGGGAGAGGAGUCCCCAAAGAGGUCCUACCUGAGCUUCUUCGAUGGCAACAAGGACGAGUACGUGCGGAGAUACAGCUCUUUCCCGGACACACUAAAGGCCAAAAUGAAAGACAUGGCCAAAGAAAUGUUCUACUUCGGAUAUGACAAUUAUAUGAAAUAUGCCUUUCCCGAGGACGAGCUGAAUCCAAUUGACUGUGAAGGGAGGGGUCCAGACGUGCAAAACCCAUCAAAUAUCAACAUAAAUGAUGUCUUGGGGAACUAUUCCCUUACUCUCAUUGACACCUUGGACACUCUGUUGGUGCUCGGCAACGUGUCAGAGUUUCAAAGAGCCGUCAAACUGGUUAUAGAUACUGUAUCUUUUGACAAGGACUCAACUGUGCAAGUUUUUGAGGCAAACAUCAGGAUCUUGGGAAGCCUUAUUUCAGCACACAUUCUGCUGACUGACCCAAAACAUCCUUUUGGCAAUGUGGGCUUUGAAGGUUACGAUAAUGAGCUGCUACAUUUGGCUCAUGACUUGGCUGUGCGUUUGCUGCCAGCCUUUGAGAACACCAGCACAGGCAUUCCCUACCCCAGGGUGAACCUGAAGAACGGAGUUCCUCCUGACAGUGUGAAUGAGACCUGCACUGCAGGAGCCGGGUCCUUGCUGGUGGAGUUUGGAAUUUUGAGCCGCUUAAUUGGGGAUUCGACAUUUGAGUGGGUAGCUAGACGAGCUGUCAGAGCCCUGUGGAACCUGAGGAGCAACGAAACCGGUCUUUUGGGCAAUGUAGUUAAUAUUCAAACAGGGCAGUGGGUUGGCAAGCAGAGUGGUCUUGGAGCUGGUAUGGACUCCUUCUAUGAGUACUUGCUUAAGUCGUACAUCCUCUUUGGAGAAAAAGAGGACUACCGUAUGUUUACAGCUGCUUAUGAAAGCAUCCAGAAUCACAUGAGACGAGGGAGAGAGUCGUGCAAUGAAGGAGAAGGUGACCCACCUCUCUAUGUUAAUGUGAACAUGUUCAGUGGUGAGAUAAUGAACACCUGGAUUGACUCACUUCAGGCUUUCUUUCCUGGCCUUCAGGUACUGAAUGGCGAUGUAGAUGAUGCCAUUUGCCUGCAUGCCUUCUACUAUGCCAUCUGGAAGCGCUUUGGAGCUCUGCCAGAAAGAUACAACUGGCAGCUGCAGGCUCCCGAUGUGCUUUUCUACCCUUUAAGACCAGAACUAGUAGAGUCUACUUACCUGCUGUACCAGGCAACCAAAAAUCCUUUCUAUCUGCAUGUUGGAAUGGAUAUUCUACAGAGCCUUGAGAAAAAUGCCAAAGUCAGAUGUGGGUAUGCCACUCUCCAUCAUGUCGUGGAUAAAUCCAAAGAGGAUCGCAUGGAGAGCUUUUUCCUCAGCGAGACAUGCAAAUAUCUUUAUCUGCUGUUUGAUGAAGACAACCCACUUCACAAAUCCGAUAACAAGUACAUCUUCACAACCGAGGGUCAUGUUGUGCCUAUAGACAAACGCUUCAGGGAGAAACAAUGGAAUGAUGACUUUCCAUGUGAGGAGGGAGCACUGACAGAAAGAGAGCCAGUCAACCAGCCUGCUCCAAGAAACAUCAGCAAUUGUAACAGGAUCCCAGAGGAGCGACGGUACACUCUCCCAUUAAAGAGCAUCUACAUGAGGCAAAUAGAUCACAUGGUGGGAGUUUUUUGAGUGAUGGGAUGGAUGUAAUGAAAUUGGCAGGGGCAGGCCUUUAUUGCACAGAUGAACUGACCACUUGUUGGUUAAAAUCCUCUUCCUGUCUGUUGUGCUGCUCGGGAAACUCACACUAAAGUAAUCCUGAGAAAGCAAUUUGAUUAAAUUAAGUUUGAGCUUUUUGUUUCUGUUUUGCUGGAUGAAAAUGUUGCCAAACUUUUUCUGUGAGAAGAUGAGGAUUCAUCCUUUGUUGCAUUUUGGCAGGCAAAUCAUUGAGAAAGUGGUGAAUAACUGUUGUGUUCUUAUGGAACAAAAAAAAAAAGUCUGUUCAGGUAUGAAUGUGUGUGAUUAUGUUUGUGUAUGCACAUUUGAAUUUUCAGCUGAGCUGGGAAUCAUAAUGCUGUGUUAAUGGGAACAGUGCCAUCUAGCCACAUGAAAAUGCAUAGCCUAUAAAAACACUCAACUUAACAAAAGUCUCUCUAAACAUGAGGAUAUGGUGCCUCCUUGCAGGUGAUUCGCACUAGAUCAGUGCUUCUACAUAAGGGCUGUAUAUUAACAGAUGAUAGUAACAGGUACGAACUGUCAAAUCCAGAGGCUGCGUUAGAUCGUGGUCAUAGGAAUGUCGUUCUUUUUGUACACCUGAGGCUGGUUUGCAAAAGAGUCUAAACUAUUGCCACUAUGAAUUUUUUUUUUUUUCUUAAACCGCACUAGCCAUAUUGCAAGGAUUUUAAACUGUCUUCUGUCUUAGUUGUGUUUUGCACAUCACAUCAAACCUCAGUAUCCAGGGAGUUACAGACAACAUAAAGGUAAACUGCCUCCUGCUUGUUAGCUGUUAAUUAAUUUCUGAUUAGUAUUGAGCUAAACAUUGAUCUCUCAGGCUUCUAGCUACUCAAUGUCUUACAAAGAACAGAGCAGUGCCACAACUGUAUGAGCGGGAGAUUAAUGACGACUCUUUAAAGUGCCUUCAAUUUGUCUUCGUUUCUCUGGAUGCUGUGCAAUGUAUAUGAUAAUGUUGUGAAUAACUUGGCUGAAAAAAGGCCACUGUAAUGUUUUGCAAAAAGAGUCAUUCCAUAUGUAUGUACAGUUUUACACUGAUUAUGACAUGAAGCUCUUUUUUUUUUAGAUGUAAAAAAACAAGCCAUAAAAUGUAUUGUUUUUUUUUCUCCCAAUGAUAGUUAAUUUUCAAGAAGUGCAAAUUGAUUUUUCAUCAGUUUUCUCUCAGACACGGUCAGUAUACAGACUUUCCUGCAAUUUAAUUUCUGUUAUCAGGAUGAUUACCACGUGGUGAGAACUCAGGGUUUAAAAUAAACACAUAAUCAAUGAAUGCUUUCAUAAGAAAUAAAACUUUGAAACGUUGCCUACAA